UAUGAAUGCGCUAUCGUAUACAGUACACAGUGGUUUGAAAAUACUUUAUACACGUUUUAACUCAAAAUGCUUGGAACUAUUUUAAUUUUCAUAGAUAUUUUUCUUUGUUGCAAAGGUGACAGUGUUUAUUUAGCCGGGAAUCAUGGUAGAAAUUAUGGUCGAGUGGAAAUAUAUACAAAUAAUAUGAACGGGACAAUCUGUGACGACAAAUGGGACAAUACCGAUGCAAGAGUAGUUUGCAGGCAGCUCGGUCUUCCGACGUCCUAUGCUACAGCUUUGAGUUCCGCCGCUUUGGGUUCAGGCUCUGGGCCAAUCUGGAUGGAUAAUGUAAAUUGUCAUGGAACAGAAAAAACAAUUACUUCAUGUAGCUUUCAAGGAUAUGGAAAACACAACUGUCGUCACAAUGAAGAUGCUGCUGUUUUAUGCCAAGGGACCUAUCUGUCCAUAUACUCCGGCGGUAUCCAUGGAACUAACUUUGGAAGAGUUCAGGUAGUAACUGGACGAAGUUCAUCAAUCGGUACAGUGUGUGACGAUGAAUGGGACGAACAAGAUGCAACUGUUGUGUGUCGACAGCUUGGACAUCCCACGUCAAACGCGCGGCCAAUGACAGAUGCAUACUUUGGAAUUGGAACGGGUCCAAUAUGGCUGUACGAUGUUGACUGUAGCGGUACUGAAGCAAAUUUGAACUCGUGUUCUCAAAAUAGCUUGAGAAAUAAUAACUGUAGCCAUACAGAGGAUGCUGGCGUAAUAUGUGGAUAUGAUCUCGAAGUUCGCCUGACAAAUAUGGAAGUCAUUGGAAACCAUAAUAAAGACGGGAUAAUUCAAAUUCUGUUCAAGGGUAAUUGGAUCAACGUCAAAUAUGGAACACUUACUACAAAUGAACAAGAAGUGCUCUGUCGACAACUUGGAUUCAAAACUACUAAUACAUCGAGAAAUGCUUACAGAGUAAAAAACGACAGUGUGUUUUUCAAGAACGCACAAAUGGUAACUUCUGUCAAAUGUGACGGUAAUGAGAGAAACGUUGGUUACUGUCAGUUCACUGUGACAGAUUCGAGUGUAAUUUAUAAGCAAUCAGCCUUUGACGACGCUGAUACGACAACGUAUCUUGUCUGUGGAAAAACUGGAAUAGGUAAAUUGCAAUUCCUUAAUAGUUCCCACACAGUCGACGAAAUUAUUGUCAACAGCGGUGUUCCAACUGAUCUUGUUUGUGUUGCCGGUCCAUCAAUACCAAGACAAACUAUCACAUGGAAUCUUCUCGAAAACAAUAUCACAGACACCUACCAGAUCAGCAAUACAGGGAGAUAUACUGCCAUAUCUAGAUUAACUUUUAUUCCUGAUGUCGGAAAACAUAAUGGAUCAACUAUAUCUUGCCGGCUUCAACUUGCAUAUGGUGACCUCAGAUUUGUGUCGGAAAGUAUAAGGAUCCUCGUUGGGGUUGCAGUAACGGAAGUGUCCAUACACACUAGCCGACACAGUGUCUCGUUUGGAGACAUGAUAAAUUUGUCUUGUACCACUUCAUACUGUGACCCUGUUCCAACAGUUCAGUGGUUUAUCAAUACCAAUACCUCAGUGCCGUCUUCAAGGGAAACAUUGUUCACUGACAGACAAAAGAAUCUUUCAAAGAUUGUUAGCGAACUGAAUUUUAUUGCAAAUGACACCUCGUUAACAUCUGUAAUAUUCCACUGUGAAGCUUCUAAUAUACCGUCAGUAAACAGCGUGGAAUCUUCAGUGGUCGUCAUUUUCAUCACAUCGUCCUCAGAAGAAACUACAACAUAUAAGACAAGGGCAGAUAAUUCAACAUUACUUUCAACCGGAAGCAUUGCUGAAGUUAGAGACAAAUCCAUGUAUACAUACUUAACCAUCUCUCUUGGAACUGUAGUCUUCAUAUGUGUUGCUAUCAUAGUAGCCUUAGUCUUGGGAAUUAAAAGAAGAAAAACCGGAAAUCAAACGCAGAAUAGUUCGGUGCAUAAUCAUAACAGAAUACAAUUGCAAACUCCGCCUUUGGAUAAUACAUUUAAAGAAGAGACGUAUGAAAGUGUAGGUAUGUCAAUUGAAGAUGUAUCUGACAAGCCAGAAUGCUACGAAGUUGGUGGAAAGACGGACAGGGAAAUUAAUAGUGGAGAGGAACUUUAUGUGAAUACUGAUAUUACAAAUUAACUGAUGCUGCUACUUUACAAUAUCGUUUAUCUUGAAGACAUAACUAUCAACACCAAGGCUUACUUCACUGAUAGCAUCAAUGGGUACAUCAAUGGACUUGUUUCUUCGUAAUAAUGAAUUGCUGAGAAGUAUUCAAUAAAAGAAAGACACUGUU